CCCCUACAUUUUAAACAACCACACCAUCCUGACCUUAGACCUUAGCAGCUUCUUUUCUUCCCCUCACCCUCUCUCACAGAGUCACACACCAUAAUGGCAACGUCAGCCACACUCUCCAGCAUCAUGGUCAACACCUCCUUCGUCCGGAGACAGCCCGUGUUGAGCCUCCGGUCCCUCCCUAACGUGGGUCAGGCUCUCUUCAGAGUCAAGACCGGGCGUGGCAGGGUCACAGCAAUGGCCAUGCACAAGGUGAAGCUUAUCACCCCGGAAGGAACCAAAGAAUUUGAAUGUCCAGAUGAUGUCUACAUUCUGGACCACGCCGAGGAGAACGGGAUCGACCUCCCGUACUCUUGCCGUGCGGGUUCUUGCUCUUCGUGUGCUGGGUUUAUAAAGAACGGAAAAGUUGAUCAGUCAGAUGGUAGCUUCCUUGAGGAUGAGCAGAUGGACCAGGGAUGGGUUCUCACUUGUGUUGCUUAUCCUCAGGGCGAUGUUGUCAUUGAGACCCACAAGGAAGAGGAGCUCACUGGUUGAUUCCAUUAAUGCACACACUCACUCUCUCUUUUUGUUACCUUUUUUUUAGUGUUUUCCAGGGUUAUGAUUGUUAUAUUUCUGAAUAAGUAAUUUUCCUUUUUUUUAAAAUUUUUUUUUCGUUGUUUUUCCCUUCUCUUUUGUGACCACAAAGGAGUUAAAUUGUAGCCUUGAAUUUGUUUAUCUUAAUAUGCUUUUGCUUCUCUUCUUUAA